CUGGUGUGACGCACUUCCGGGGCGGAGGGAGGGAAAGAUGGCGGCGCCCAUUGAGGUAGCCGUGUGUACAGACUCGUCCGCCCAGCUGUGGAGCUGCGUCGUGUGGGAGCUCCACUCGGGCGCUAACCUGCUCACGUACCGCGGCGGCCAGGCGGGGCCCCGGGGUCUGACGCUGCUCAAUGGCGAGUACCUGCUGGCGGCGCAGCUGGGCAAGAACUACAUCAGCGCCUGGGAGGUGCAACGGAAGGACCAGCUCCAGCAGAAGAUCAUGUGCCCCGGGCCUGUUACCUGUCUGACCACAUCGCCCAACGGUCUCUACAUGUUGGCAGGGAUUGCAGAAAGCAUAUACCUAUGGGAGGUCUCCACGGGGAACCUCCUGGUCAUCCUGAGCCGCCACUAUCAGGACAUCUCCUGCCUGCGGUUCACAGGGGACAGCAGCCACUUCCUCUCGGGCGGCAAGGACUGCCUGGUGCUGGUGUGGAGCCUGUGCAGCGUGCUGCAGGUGGACUCCUCCCGGACCCCAGCCCCCCGGCAUGUUUGGUCCCGCCACACCCUCCCCAUCACGGACAUGCACUGUGGCUUUGGGGGGCCCUUGGCCCGGGUGGCCACAGCCUCGCUGGACCAGACGGUGAAGCUGUGGGAGGUCUCCUCAGGCGAGCUGCUGCUCUCUGUGCUCUUUGACGUGGGCAUUAUGGCUGUGACCAUGGACCUCGCCGAGCAUCACAUGUUCUGCGGCGGCAGUGAGGGCUCCAUCUUCCAGGUCGACCUCUGUGCCUGGGUCUUUGAGCCAACUGGGCUCUUCCCCUGCCCAACACCCCAGUGCCCGGGGCCCCCAGGGCUGAGGUACAGCUCUGCCCUCUGCUCACUGGCCUCUCGGCCUCCACAGCCUGGACAGAGAGAGAAGAGCUUCCAGUCAGAGCAGGACAGCGGGAAGGUGUUCAAAGGCCACAGGAACCAGGUGACCUGCCUGUCAGUGUCCACUGAUGGCAGCGUGCUGCUCUCCGGCUCCCAUGACGAGACCGUGCGUGUCUGGGACAUCCAGAGCAAGCAGUGCAUCCGGACAGUGACCCUCAAAGGCCCCGUGACCAACGCCUUCGUCAUGCUGGCGCCGGUCAGCAUGCUGAGCUCCGACUUCAGGCCCCGCCUGCCCCUGCCACACUUCAACAGGCACCUGCUGGGCGCCGAGCAUGGGGAUGAGCAGCGCCGUGGGGGCCUGACUCUGCGCCUGGGCCUCCACCAGCAGGGAUCGGAGCCCAGCUACCUGGAGCGAGCAGAGCAGCUGCACAUGGUAAUGUGCAGCACGAUGGAAAAGAACGUGCUGGGCGGGCAGGACCAGCUGCGGAUCCGGAUCACGGAGUUGGAAGACGAGGUGCAGAACCUGCGCAAGAUCAACCGAGACCUGUUUGACUUCUCCACCCGCAUCAUCACCCGGCCCACGAAAUGAGCGCCAGGACCCGACUCCUUCCCAUGGGCAGGCCAACGGCCACCGGGCCAAGCCCCCGACCAACAGCACUGUUACAAGCUCUCCCCUCCCGGUUCCGUGUUCCGAUUGUUGUUUGCAUGAGGGGUCGUUUGUCUGUGUUGAUCCACUCAUGUCUGUUGUGUUCAGUUGGUGCUAUUUUGUUUUUAACAAAAGAUCUAAAAGUC